AUGGAGUUUUACAAUUUAAGAGGGUUAACUAGCUAUUAUGAAAUAGUUUUUACUAUUAAAGGGAGGAGGGAGGGAGAUAACCAGUCUGUCUAUGUUGGAGCACACAGAACACUGGAUGAUUCUCGUUUAGAUUGGAUAAAUGGUGGAACAGUUGAUGAGUCGUUCUGGCAACCUGGUGAACCAAACAAUGAAAGUGGGGACGAAAACUGUGUAGAAGUUCAGUCUACUGGACCAUUUAACGAUAAAAGUUGUUUUACGUUGAGUGGUUAUAUUUGCCAGAUAUUAACUAAAUUACCACAGGCACAGGAAAGAGUUAUUGUAUUGGCAUAA